AUCGUCUUCGUCUCUAGAUCCAGGGGAUAUAGACUAUACAAGAGUCUAAAACCCUAUAAAAGAAGAAAGAAGAAGAAGAAAGUCUUCGUCUCUUUUCAGCUUCGGAAAGAAAAGAAGAAAAAAAAAAUGACUUCUUCCAUUAUUUCCGAUGAAUUGUCCCGGAAAAUCGCGGAGAUGAUUAGCAAGCACGACGACUGGUCGCAGGAAGACAAGACCAGAAUUCUCUCGGAGUAUAUGAAGAUUUUUGGUGAGGUAUGGAAAGAAGCAGUUACUGUAUUCAACAAUGGAAAUGGGCCUGGUCAGUCCCAGCCAGCUGACGAGAAGGAAGAAGCUAGGCCAGAGGAAACAGCUGAAGAUCUGGAAGAAGCCGAGAUCCGUCAUGAAGGCACCCUUAUUGCUGUCACCAAAAAGCGCAAAGAAUAUACAGCAAAAAUUGCAGCACUGCUUGGAAAGACAACAAGACUUCAGAAGAAUACAGUUGAAGUGCUGAAAGUGGAUCUUCCUCCACGUCCUCCAUUAGAAGUGGACAACAACUCCAGUCAUCUCAAUGCAAAUUUAGCAUCGAUGUUGGAAGCUAGCUCCUGCGUACUGUCAGAAAACAUGAAUGACCUACAGCCUCAUAACCACCGCCUCACUCACCUAGCUGAAGCCAUGGACGUACUUACUUCCAAUAGGAAUAAUCCCAUGGAAGUGCUUUUAUCCAGUUGUGAAUAAAAUGUUGGUAACUUGGUGACAUAUUGCUGUGCAUGGACUGACAGAUUACAUUAUAUUAAUUUUUUUAGUGUUGUCCAAUGAGAUUUGGAAUAUUUCAUCAAAUGAAUGACUAAAUCUUGUGAAUAUAUGGAUGACAUUUGUACAUGGAGAAUGAUUGGCAAUUUCACUUUUUAUAAGUGUAAUACUGAGCAUAUGUAAACUCUAUUUCUUACUCCACUUUUAUAAACUGUAAGGGUUUUGUGAUAUAUAAAUAGAAGAAACAAAUUAUCUAGACUCAUAUUCUGUCUUCAUUAUGUGCAUGUGACAAGAGUCCUGUGGGGUUAAUAAAAUUUAGAAAAUGGUAAACAAAAACUUUGAAUUUUAUUGUUUUACUGAUCCUCUUCUUUAUAGAUCAUUUGUGUUUUGCUUCCAAGUCAUUUACUACAACUAGAAGUGUAAUUAUGUCAAAUUCUGAAGUAAACCUAAGAUUGGCCUUACAGCAUUAUCAUUAAUGUAUUUUAUAAUUUUUACAAAUAUGACACCCAAUGUUAGUCGCAUUUAGGAAAAAAUCUUUAUUCUAUCUCUGCAAAAACUGUGUUUUCCUUUAUAUUUUAUAUGCUUUGAAUUUAUUCUAUAUAGUGGACAAAUAUAUAAAAAAGGAUU